AAACCUUUGAAAUGCUUAUCAGACUGGCUGAGAAUUACACAAGCACACUUUUCUGCAAUGCAUAUAGAAACAUGGCUGCUGAGGCUACUACAUGUGUUCAGGAGUUUUUCACAGAUGUUGGACUCUUCAUAUUUGGCACAGACGUCAGCACAGAGGAAUUUGUCAACAGAUUUUUUGAUACCCUGUUCCCAGUAGUCUACAACCACGUGAUUAACCCCGGUCUGACUGACAUUUCACUGGAAUAUGUGGAGUGCCUCCGAAUGGCAAGAAGAGCCAUCAGGCCCUUUGGUAACGUUCCCAAAAAGGCCAUAGGACAAAUGAGAAGAUCACUGUUACCCAGCCGGACUUUCCUGCAGGCUCUGAAUUUGGGGAUUGAAGUGAUCAAUACGACAGAUCAUCUGCAUUUCUCCAAAGACUGCAGCAGAGCUUUACUGAGAAUGCAGUACUGUCCCCAUUGCCAAGGGCUGACUUUAAGUAAGCCCUGCAUGGGCUACUGCCUCAACGUCAUCCGAGGCUGCUUAGCUAACAUGGCAGAAGUUGACCUUCAUUGGCGGGGGUAUAUUCAGUCCCUGGAGGAGCUCUCAAGUGCCAUGAGUGGAACAUACGACAUUGAGCACGUGCUUCUAAACUUUCAUUCACUUGUUAAUGACGCUCUUGUGCAGGCUCGUAUCAAUGGGCCAGAAUUAUCUGAGCAG